UGUAAUCGUUCCUACAUCUUCCAAGCUCUCCACAAAACUGGCAAUAGUCCCGAGCUCUAGCUUGAAUCUCAUUUCGGAUAUGCGGCAGAAGUGCUGUCAUUGCAUGAUAGUCGCAUGACCGUUAAGAUGCACACGACGCAGAAUCAUCGGAGGAUCUUUUUGGACCCUGGCUCCACAGCGUACUGGAUCUGUUUUUUAUUUUAGGAGCUCUCUAUGUCGGUUCAGAUUCCAUUAUUUCUAUGUCCUUAUUGCGUGGAGGUCAUUGGAUGAGUUCUUCCAUCUGAUUUUUUUAGUGCUGUUUACUCUAACGCACUUCUCAGCAACUGAGGGUGACAAUUGGAAUCUGUCUAUAUAGUCUGUCCAUCACAACUGUACAAUAUCAUCGGCUCAGUCAUGACUGUUGACAGUCUGAGGCGAGCCCUCAACUCUUCUGACGAAGAUAUUGUCAAGCUUUGUGGACUGCUCACUAUCGACGAGAAGCUCUCGCUACUAGCGGCAAAAAACAUAUGGGAGACACAAGAAAUUUCACGCUUGGGUAUCCCGUCGCUCAAAGUGACCGACGGUCCAAACGGAGCACGAGGCGGGGAGUUUUGGGAUGGCACCACUGCAGCCUGUUUUCCAGCUUGUGUCUCCAUUGCGGCGUCGUUCGACACGGAGCUGAGCGAACUGAUCGGCCAGGCUCUUGGGCAGGAAGCACAGACAAAGGGAGCCUAUGUUCUGCUUGGGCCGACAGUCUGUUGCCAUCGAUCUCCGCUGGGCGGACGCAACUUUGAAGCAUUCUCCGAGGACCCAUUCUUAUCCGGCUCACUUGCAGUGGCAUAUGUCAAGGGAUUACAAUCGCAGAGAGUUGCUGCGACAGUCAAGCAUUUUCUGGGAAACGAACAAGAUACUCGACGUUUUGUAUUGAAUGAGAUCAUUUCCCAGAGAGCGUUGCGAGAAAUUUAUCUGCGACCCUUCGAAAAAGUUGUUAAGGAGUCUUCGCCCUGGGCAUUUAUGACGAGCUACCCAAAGAUCAACGGAUAUCACGUUGAUGCCACCCCUACGUUCAUUCGGGAUAUUCUUAGAGGACAGUGGCACUAUGAUGGUCUCACAAUGUCCGAUUGGGGAGCUACAUCAUGCAUAACCAGUAUCAAGAACGGGCUCGACCUCGAGAUGCCUGGACCCCCAAGGAUACGAACUCCAAUGGCAAUCAAAACAGCACUGGCAAGUAAAUCAAUCAGUGCAUCCGACGUUGAUUCUUGUGUCAUGAACAUUCUAAAAUUGUUAAAACGGGUCGGAAAAUUCUCGGAUCGUAAGACUACUCAAGCAGAGGUGGCCUUGGAUAGGCCAGAACAUCGGGCGUUAAUUCGAAAGGCCGGCGCCGACGGCUCCGUCUUAUUAAAAAAUAGGGACGGAAUUCUGCCACUUAGCCAAUCGUCAAUAAAGAAGAUUGCGUUACUUGGCCCACUUGCCGACUAUGCGGCUGCUCAUGGCGGUGGAAGUGCUUCGCUGAAUUGCCACUACAAGGUCACCCCUCUCGAGGCUUUUAGGAAAAGACUUGGCAAUGAGGUUGAGAUUACUCAUGGAAAAGGGGCCCAUAUCUUUCGUGUACUACCGGAUUUGGAGGAAGGAACAACUAAUAGCAAUGGGAAGCCGGGGUUCUGUGCUGAAUUCUUCAUGACAUCAGAUCUCUCGGGAAGUCCAUUUCGAGUUGAGGAGUAUCCGCGUGGCAGUUUCUUCACCUUGAUGAAUACGGAAGUCAAAGGCUCACAGGGUGUUCGUUUUACGUCCACAUACCAGCCUCCUAUUUCUGGGCUGCACUAUCUGAGCUUCUCCGGCCUAGGACCGUCAAAAAUUUUCAUCAACAACGAACUAAUCCACGAACAACUAGAAGACACAAAGGACUCAAUGGCAUUCCUUCUUGGCGUUCAAGAUGAAUUCAACUUCCGGUACAACUUUGAUUCAUCCCGGGAAUAUCUCAUCCGUAUCGAAACGUCACGUCAACUGGAGGACAAGUCCGAAUUGUACUUGCUGGACGGUCAGAUUGCCGUUCAUUUGGGCCUCGUUACACAGCAGGAACGAGAUGCCGAUCUGCAAGCCGAAGCAGUCAAGUUGGCCAGAGAAGCUGACUAUGCGAUAAUAUUCGUAGGAAACACUGUACAGUGGGAGACAGAAGGACAAGAUCUUGCGUCGAUGAAGCUCCCUGCAGAAGGUAGUCAAGACAACUUGAUUGCAGCCGUGGCAGCAGUCAAUGCAAAAACCAUCGUCGUGAACACAACCGGCGUACCUAUUGAAACACCUUGGAUUGACAGUAUCGCUGCCCUAAUUCAAGCAUGGUAUGCGGGGCAAGAAACAGGCAACGCCAUACUUGAUUUGUUGCUUGGGGAUGUCAAUCCCUCGGGAAAACUUCCAGUAUCCUGGCCAAAAAUGUACGACCAUUGCGCUUGCUACGGUAAUUUUGGACUUGACGCGUACGAUUCUCUAGAGGUGGAAUAUGUAGAAGACAUCUUCGUGGGCUAUCGACACUUCGACCGCAUGUACGGAACAGAGAAGGAAGUCCGAUUUCCGUUCGGUUUCGGAUUGAGUUACUCCCAAUUUGAAAUCAUUGAUGCAGCGUGUCACGGCUCGAUUUCUCCCGAUACCGCGGUUAGCGUUUCAUUUACAGUCAGAAAUAUUAGUUCGCGAGCUGGAGCAGAGACUGUGCAGGUGUAUCUCGCACCGCCGAAAAGCAGUACAGCAGGGAGGCCACCAAAAUGCCUUGUUGGUUUCAAAAAGGUUUAUCUAGAUCCCGGUCAGUCUCGAAGGGCUGAAAUCAGUUUUAUCAAAGAUGAUGCCGCCUACUGGAACGAGGAUGUUCAGAAAUGGCAGGUUGAAUCGGGAGAGCACUAUAUUAUCGUGGCCUCUAGUUCAGCCACAAAAGAUGUUAAAGCAACGAUACCGUUAACGGUGCAAGGCUUUAUUUUUGAUCCAUAGAAACACAGGCUACUUAGCCAUGGCAAAGUAUUCGAAGAAGGUGAAUUUUAAAACCCAUUGUAACAUAUCAAGCAUGGGCAACAUUCAGUUCAAUGAGGUGCAUAACAAUAGAAUAUCAUUUUCGAGGAGAUUUACCUACAACAUGACAAUAAUAGCAGUACAUCAAUUCAAAAUGACCUCAAG